AUGCAUUUAAUAUUUUGUGGAGCAUUCCAGGUCAACGAACAAGAAGGAGCUGAUAACGUUUCAAGGCUGGAGCACGUAGAGGCCAUCGUCCCUUGUGGAGACCCUAAAGCCGGAAGACUACAAUUCACGAUCCCGCCACUUUUUGACCCGAAUCCAAUCGUGAAUCGCCCAGAAUGGACCGAGGCCGUGCUCUCUUUCUCAGAGAGUAUCACAUUGGUGACUGGGUACCUCGAUUUGGGGCCCUUGCCCAAAUGGUACGGUACUGCUGAUGUCAAUACUUACAAAAAAUUCAUGCUCCGUUUAGGAAAGAUUCGGAACCCAAUGGUUUUCUUUGUCGAUGAACAAGAUAAUGAUAUCCAGAUGUUUUUAAAAAAGGUGCGCUCGAAGCAGCUAACACUUUUCAAGCCUGUCAAGAGAUCGGAUUUGUGGGCGUUUGGUUUUCUACAGCCAAUUACUCAAAUGUUCAGUCUACCAUGUUUUCCGAAGAUUUAUGCUUUGACAACUGUUCCAAACUAUGCAUGCACUGUUCUUUCAAAAUUUGAAUUUGUUAAAAUGGCGAUUGAAGAAAAUUUCUUCAAAACAAAAUAUUUUGCUUGGAUGGAUGCUGGCUACUGGAGAGAUACACCAAUUGACGGCCCAUACUUCUCGAUGGUGCUUCCACCACGAUUUAACGACAGUACGGUUGCUAUAGUUGAGGUAAAACCACCUAACACAAAACUAACCAUGAAAGACAUGGUCUGGGGUGCAAGUAUCUGGAUAGCUGGCGGCUUUUUGAUAGGUCGUGGAGAUGUGUUUACAAGGUAUUGUCACCAGUUUAUGGAGUACAGCCACCUGAUGCUUAGGGCGGGAAUGAUGAAUUCAGAAGAACAAGUGAUCUAUGGUAUCUACCACGCAGGGAACUAUAAGCCCAAAGUGAUGAUGCAGCUUUAUCCUGCAGAAAAACGCUACUUUAACUGGUUCACUUUGGGAUUUAUGUGUAAAGAAGAGGCCGAGAAGGCUAUUUACAAGGCCCCUCCACUGAACUAG